CGCGGAGCGCCCCCGCCCCCCGCGCCGCUCCCCCUUUGAAAACUGAUCUUUGGCUCUUCGCGUGAAAGUGAUUUGAAUUUGGCUCGGCGGCGCUCUGCGCAGGCGUCCAGCUGCUGGCAUGCUGGCUCCUUGCAAAGCAGCUGUUUUGGGUUUGAAAUUCCAACAUGGCAGAGGCUGCAGUCAGUCUUCCCUUCAAAAACUUGGAAUGAUUUCAAAUCAUAGGCACCUUCACUUAACUCGAGCCCCCAUUCAUCAGCAAACACACCGGAUCGAUGCCGCUCUAACCUAUCGGGUGCUCGAACCAAAUCUCCAGGUUAAAUGAAUACCUGACGAAAGGGCCCACGUUUCAAGGCAGUGACAUUUGAUAGCUGAGAGGAAAAGUGGCUUUAAUGAAAAGCAACCUUUGGAAUUCCUGCUUGUGAGAAAUCCAAUUCAGCUUUUUGUGCUGCCAGCAAGAAAUGAUCAGUAGCACCAGUGUUUAUGGGUUUGUUUCACAGAAUUUCACCUAACGCACAAUCCAAACCAGCAAGCUUCACUUAGUUUCAGCCCCAAAUUACAUCAUUCGACCCCAGUAGAAGUUUCCUCCGUUUCAACAAAUCGAGCCCAAGUUUGUGUGACAGUGGAUAGAUGAGGCUUGAAGAUGCAGUGGACGCCGGAGCAUGCCCAGUGGCCAGAACAGCACUUUGAUAUCACCUCCACCACCCGGUCCCCUGCCCACAAGGUGGAAGCGUAUCGGGGGCACCUGCAGCGCACCUACCAGUAUGCCUGGGCAAAUGAUGACAUCUCAGCUCUGACUGCCUCUAAUCUCUUGAAAAAGUAUGCAGAAAAAUACUCCGGUAUUUUGGAGGGCCCAGCUGAGCGGCCUAUUCUCAGCAACUACACUGAAGCUCCCUCGGGGCUGGUGAACGGACGGAAGAAUGAAAGUGAGCCCUGGCAGCCUUCGCUGAAUUCGGAGAGCGUGUAUCCCAUGAAUUGUGUACCAGAUGUCAUCACUGCCAGCAAAGCCGGCGUGAGCACGGCCCUCCCUCCCGCAGACGUGUCAGCCAGCAUCGGGAGUUCACCCGGAGUGGCCAGUAACCUGGCUGAACCUAGCUACUCCAGCAGCACCUGCGGAAGUCACACUGUUCCCAGUCUUCAUUCAGGGCUCCCAUCUCAGGAAUACGCCGCGGGAUACAAUGGCUCCUACUUGCAUACCAGUUACAGUGGCCAACCAGCACCUGCACUUCCAUCCCCUCACCCGUCCCCCCUGCAUAGCUCGGGGCUUUUACAGCCCCCACCGCCACCGCCGCCACCAGCCCUGGUCCCUGGCUACAACGGGACCUCAAACCUCUCCAGUUACAGCUACCCAUCUGCCACUUAUCCUCCUCAAACUGCCGUUGGCCCUGGGUACAGCCCUGGGGGUGCCCCGCCACCCUCGGCCUACCUGCCAUCAGGAAUCCCCGCUCCAACCCCUCUACCCCCUACUACUGUCCCCAGCUACUCCUACCAGGGCCAUGGUCUGACACCCAUUGCGCCGUCUGCCCUCACCAACAGUUCAGCCAGCUCCCUCAAAAGGAAAGCUUUCUACAUGGCAGGGCAAGGAGAAAUGGACUCCAGUUAUGGAAAUUACAGCUAUGGCCAACAGAGAUCUACACAGAGUCCCAUGUAUCGAAUGCCCGACAACAGCAUUUCAAAUGCAAACAGGGGGAAUGGAUUUGACAGAAGUGCUGAAACAUCAUCCUUAGCAUUUAAGCCAACAAAGCAGCUAAUGUCCUCUGAACAGCAAAGGAAAUUCAGCAGCCAGUCCAGCAGGGCUCUCACACCCCCAUCCUAUAGUACUGCUAAAAACUCGCUGGGUUCAAGAUCGAGUGACUCAUUUGGGAAGUAUACCUCCCCAGUAAUGAAUGAGCACGGUGAUGAGCACAGGCAGCUCCUCCCUCACCCAAUGCAAGGCCCGGGACUUCGUGCAGCUACCUCAUCCAACCACUCUGUGGACGAGCAACUGAAGAAUACUGACACACACCUCAUUGACCUUGUUACCAAUGAGAUUAUCAACCAAGGACCUCCCGUGGACUGGAAUGACAUCGCUGGCCUAGAUCUAGUAAAGGCCGUCAUUAAGGAGGAGGUUUUAUGGCCAGUAUUGAGGUCAGAUGCAUUCAAUGGACUGACUGCUCUACCUCGGAGCAUCCUUUUAUUUGGACCUCGGGGAACGGGCAAAACAUUAAUGGGGAGAUGUAUAGCUAGUCAGCUGGGGGCCACGUUUUUCAAAAUCACUGGCUCUGGCCUUGUCACAAAGUGGUUAGGUGAAGGAGAAAAGAUUGUCCAUGCCUCCUUCCUUGUGGCAAGGUGUCGCCAACCCUCGGUGAUUUUUGUUAGUGACAUUGAUAUGCUUCUUUCUUCGCAAGUGAGUGAAGAACACAGUCCAGUAAGUCGGAUGAGAACCGAGUUCCUUAUGCAGCUGGACACAGUACUGACUUCUGCUGAGGACCAAAUAGUAGUAAUUUGCGCCACAAGUAAACCG